AUGAGCGAGACAAGUGAGCUUUCCCUCGAGGAAGUCAACACAUGGAAGGUGGACGCUCUCAAGUUAUUUUGCCGUAAACGAAAUCUUAAAACUUCUGGAGCUAAAGCUGAACUUGUAGCCCGUGUGUUUGCAGCAUCAGAGAUGGGAAUCCAAGUACAAGCAUCGGCUAAAGAACUAAUGUGCAUCACGGAGUCUGAGAGAGCGAAGCUAUUGUUUACUCCUGAGGGCAGCAAGCUUCCCGAUCCUCUUGGGCUAAAGGACGGAUGGAUUGAUGUAAAAGAUGGGCUAACAUCAUGGCCUCCUAUAUUUCUAAGUGACAUUACGAAAUAUCUGAUGGCUGAUCAUCCUGGAAAGGAUAUUAAACUGCACGAACGGGUCAUGAAUGAGUACAAAGAGGGGAAAGCAUACCGCUUAUUUGACUCGGGCUUUCUGAAAGAAGUUUUCUACCAUGAACUAGAAAAUAUGGAUUUUUGCUUCUUGAAAGCAAAAUGUACGCAUUCGAUGAAGGUUGGUGAUACACCACAUACAUCAUGGAUUUGUUCAAGAAAAAAUGGAGAGAUUAUCAGUGCCUACUGUACCUGUACUGCUGGGUAUGUUAGACUUUCUGUUUUAUAAGACUUUAACUUGUAACUGAUGCAAAAUAUAAGCCUAAAAUAUCAUGUUUAUCAUAUACCUCGAUUUUAUGACUAAUGUUGUUGGUCUAAGCUCAAUAUAUAUUAUACUUUAGAAUGUUUAAAAUAUUAUGUCUAUCAUAUACCCUAACUAUUUGUUAUUUCUUGUUUCAGUAUGAGUGGUUCUUGUAUUCAUGUGAUGGCACUGCUGUUCAGAAUUGAAGCAGCAAACCGUAAUGGUAUGACAAAUCCUGCAUGUACGUCCAAAGAGUGUGUGUGGAAUGUUCCAAUAGGAAACAAGACUGUAAUCAAGCCCUCUAGAAUUUGUGAUAUGGAGUGGAAGGCUUCAAAGCUAAAUAAAGGUAUGUUAUUAUGUUUAAAAUUCUAAACAAAGUAUUUACAGUAUGUAUACUGGAUAGACAUAAGUGUUAUCUGGGGACAUAAAUAAGAAAGUUCUUAUUAGCUUGUAACCUAGCAAUUAAUUUACUUUUAUUUUGUGUUUUUCUAGAGACGACCAGACCUGCCAUCGAUAGUCGCCGAAAGUUAUUCAAUUCACAUGAAGAGUUGAAGCCCCUGACUCCAAAAGGAAAGAGGAAGUCGUUUUAUAAUAAUUUGAAGGACUUGUUGCCAGAAUCGGCAUUCAUCAAAUUAGCAACGGCUGAGUUUGAGGAACCGUGUUCAACUUCCGUUACAAUAGAAAUUAAUACUGAAGUACCUGAAUGUGUAAUGCCUAAGUCAUCAAAGAAAGACUUAAGUGCUGAUGAUAUACAUCUGAUUGAACAAGGCACCAUUGGUCAGUCUGAGAAUGAGGCAUGGCACGAUUACAGAAAAGGCCGAUUAACUGCCUCUAAUUUCUAUAGAGUGUACACAAAAGUUGAAACCCUUAAAACUAAGGGGGGUGAUGCACAGGAACUAGUGGACACAAUCCAGGGUAAAAGUAAUGGACCGUCGGAACAUUUACCUGCUCUAAAAUAUGGAAGAAACAUGGAGAAAGUUGCUAAGGAUAAGUAUGUGAAACUGUUUCAGAGGGAGCACAAAGAUGCAAAAUUCAGAGAGUGUGGACUAUUUAUUGAUGAAUCUGACCAAUUCAUUGGAGCAUCCCCUGAUCUGCUUGUUGAAUGUUCCUGUUGUGGAUUAGGGGUGCUAGAAGUGAAGUGCCCUUAUUCUAUUGUUAAUGAUUUACCAUCAGAAGACAAUCUUUCCUACCUGGUAAAGAUUAAUGGCAAAAUUGUCUUGAAAGAGAAGCAUGCAUAUUUUGCACAGAUACAGGGACAAAUGGCUGUGACAAAGAGAACAUGGUGUCACUUCCUGGUCUACACCCAAAAGGGUUAUCAUCUGGAGCUAAUCAAGUUCAAUAAUGAUUACUGGGAAAAGAUAAAGCAAAACCUAAUUUGGUUUUAUAAUAAGUAUUUAAGUGAAUGA